UGAGGUCGUCGUUUCGUGCUUUAAUUUAUAAGGCCCUUUGAUCAUUUGCAGGCUCCUCUGUCUGUUUUCUCUCACUCGCACGCACAGAUCCGAAGAAGAAGAAGCGUCCGAUGGCGCCGCCUUCUGGACCUUAUUCUGGAACCAGCACCCUCGCUUUGGUGGCUCGUGCCUCGGCUUUCUCUCUUGGACUCGUUUACGGUAGCCUUAAGCUCAAGUACCUAAAGGCAAAGGCUAAUUCUCAUAAGAAAGCUGAAGUAAAGGCUCAUCACUGAUGGGAAUAGGCUCCCAUUAACGACGGGAUUUAGGAAAUGUUCUCACAAAACAAUGUCCAGGCUAGAAGGGAUCACCAACCGUUGAUGACCUUCAAUGUUCCUCGUGAAGAACAGCGCGAAGGCUGUGAGCAUUUAAGCCAUGGCACCUAGUUCAUGGAGGCUGUAUCCAUGGCUAAGAUUGUGUUUCCAAGUUUCGGUUGUCUUGCAGGUUUGUCCUAAUGUUCAUGGAGAGGAAUUACAGGACUUGCUAAAUUUCCAAGUACUACUGCUAGUAGUUUCCCUUUCAUCUCCAUAAAAUACCUUGACUUCUUACUGGUAACAAAACCAGGCACCUUUUCAAUACGAAGAGUGUCCAUUUUGUAGUUGCAAAUGAAUCUUGGCUUGAGAUAUACGUAAUACGGGCAUCAGAGUUCUUCGGAGGUGUAAAACAGAGAAGAAAACCAGAGAAGAGAAAGUAGAAAACUGUAGAAAAAAAGAGA